AUGUUUAAGUGGGCACAAGCAGCAGUGGCGGGUGUAGCUGGUACAGCUGAGCCUGAAUACGGCCCGGAGGCUAUCAAGACCGUUCACCAGCAUUCCGAAGCCGAUGCCAACAAGCCUUUGUACACCGAAACUACCUCUAAGGAUCUCGCCUGGGCUAUUUGCACUGGAACAAAUGUUGAAAGCCAGGUCUUCUACAUUACCACUGAUGAUGGGCGAAUGGGUAUGGCCCAGGUGAUCUAUAGCGUCGUCGUCCCUGGCGUCAAAACAACCGCUCAAUUUAACAUCAAGCUCUUCGACCCAAAGAAACCCGAGGAGAAACUCUGGUCUUCAGUCCCACUCACCAAUCCCUCUUUCCAUGGUCCAAAGCCUUCCGGAGAUGGCUCAAACGCCGAGGCCCCACUUGAAGACUAUAAAACUUCCUUCUAUGCUGACAACGUUGCAGUUACACUGAGUGAAGAUGGUGGUGUCUACAAGGUCAAAUCGCAGGCUGAUCCUAAUGCCUUCUGUAACUUGGUUUUCACAAGACUCGCUCCAGGAUUUAUGGCUGGCAAGGACGGUAGGUCGACUUACGGAACUGAUCAGGCAAAGCCAUGGGGUGAGAUCAGACAUGUCUUCUGGCCAAGAUGUAAGGUAGAGGGUGUGUAUGUUAUCAAGGGAGAGACCGUCAAGGUUGACGGUUCCGGUUUGUUUAUUCAUGCUCUGCAGAAUAUGAAACCCCACCAUGCUGCUGCCAAGUGGAACUUUGCAAACUUUCAGGGCCCCACCGUCUCUGCAAACUUUAUGGAAUUUACAACCCCGCCAUCAUACGGCUUGACACGUGUCGCCGUCGGUGGUAUUGCGAUGGACGGAGAAAUCAUCUCCGCCAGUGGCCUCCCUGAAAAUCUUGCGGAACACUUAUCUUCUACAGAGGAUCCUGAAGCCAGAUGGCCCGAACCCAAAGAUGUCAAGUUUACCUGGAAGGGUAAGAACAAAGAUGGAAAGGAUGUGGUUGCCGUGAUCGAAACGACCUGGCCUAAGAGAAUGGACCGGGUGGAUAUUAUGAGUGAAGUCCCCGGGUUCGUGAAAUCGAUUGUGUCGGCCGCUGCUGGAACAAGGCCUUACAUCUACCAAUUCUUUGAGCGAGUGAGCCUGAAAGUCAAGGUUGGUGACCAUGAAACAACCGAAGAAGGAUGGGUGUUCUCCGAAGCGACUUUCAUUUCGUAG